UUCAAGAGAAGAUAAUCGGAUAGGCGGGUACUUUCGCGGUUGUCUUCCAAUCGGUGAGGUAAUCUCUUCGGGGUAUUGUCGCUUUUCUUCGUUAUCCUCUCAUUCCAAUAGGAGACGACAGGCAAUUUCAAAUAUGACAGGCGUACCAUUACGCUCACAUAAGCUCUUCAUCGGACGAGCAACCUGGUGAGGGGCAAUUUAGAGGUCUGAAGAGGACCGUUUACUGUUCACUUCUUGUAAUCUUAAGCAGAAAAUCAAUUUUACACUUAGAUGGAUCCCCAACUUCAUGCCAUGAAUGGUGCCAAAACCAGCAGCAGUUUUACCGUCAAAGAUAUUUUGGACUUACCUAAGGGAAAACCGGCUUGUAGUCCUGUUGAUAGCACCACAAAUACCGUAAAUGCAGCUUCCCUUAGAAGUAUUCCGUCCGUCCCGGAAGUCCCGGAUAUAACCAGUGUUGGCGGCUACUAUGAUGCAGAAAAUCCGUACACACGCUGGUUACAUAAUAACGAAAAUAUGAAUUAUUCACAACUUGGACACCUGAACUCGCCCGGCAACUCCAGUCAUUCCAGCGAGAUUUCUAAUACGGAGAGUCACUCUGUUAUGAAUAAUUCGAACACACUAGUGAAAUCAGAGGCAAGCAAUGAUGGGCAGUGUGAUGGAAAUAGUGAAAAUGGGGAUGGUAACUCCUCCCAAAACACAGACAGUCAGAAAAAGCGAAAACGACGUGUUCUCUUUUCCAAAGCUCAGACUUACGAACUGGAGAGGAGGUUUCGCCAACAAAGAUACUUAUCUGCCCCAGAGCGGGAACAUCUAGCGAGCAUCAUAAGAUUAACCCCCGUGCAAGUGAAAAUUUGGUUCCAGAAUCAUCGGUAUAAACUAAAGCGCGCACGACAGGAGAAAGGACUAGAUUUGAACCCUCUACCCUCACCCCGGAGGGUAGCUGUUCCCGUCCUUGUGAGGGACGGAAAACCGUGUCAGCCACCGAUGGGUGGUUCCAUGAUGAAAUCGCAAGAACAGUUAGAAAUGCAGACCAAUUUAGGAUCAGCUGUGAACAUGAAUGGUGCUUUGUCUCAAAUGAACGGUAUGUCAUCUAUACCCGGCAUGAACAACGCCGGUAUGCCUCCAAUGAACUCUCUGAACACUUCCUCCAUGUCAAAUAUGAAUAAUAUGAACAUGAGCUGCUCUUAUAAUUCUAUGAACUCCAUGAACUUGAACAUGAACAAUAUGAAUGUUCUUCCCAGCUACAGCUACCCUUUAAUGCAGCACCAAACACGCUGGUGGUAGCGAAAAAAAUUUCACCGGUCACAAAUUCAGUGCUUUACAAAACGACAUGUGCUACUUACACAUAAACCAGUAAAUCUAUAAAAACUUUUCAGAUAAACGCAUGUUUUAGAGGAUUUAGAUCUCUAGAGUUUAUAAAAUCUGCCGAACACGGGUUUACAGGUAAAAUUGACUAUUUCAAUUUUGGGAUGUAAAUCCGUUCACUUUAUUUAAAAAAAGUGCUUUAGAUAUGUUGGAAAAUGCAUUGAUCUUUUACAAGCAACUUUCGAUAUAUAUUUUUUUGUUAAUUUUAUAUAGUGCUUUUUAUCAUAUUAUAUUUCGUUCUACGCAAUGAUCUUGAUUUCAAUGGUCUGUCUUUUUUGGA